CUGAAUGUGCGCGACUGACACAAUGCGGCAUUCGAGAGGACGUUGACGAGCGAUGCUCCACCGGAAUACGGACGAAUUACCGACCACGUUGACUUCACAGUGUGUGAUUCUGUAACAGACCAACACAGCGGGAGUGCAGGGACACAAACAUGUUUCGGCAAACGAAGACGGUGUUCGAGAAACUCCGAUAUCUGAAUUUGAUUGGACAGCAGCCUUCAUGGAGGCUGAGGAGCACUUCAGCAAAAGAGAAGGUGGUUGAGUACCAACCAGGAGAGAAGAUCCAUGGCUUUACAGUCAGAGAGGUUGUAGCGGUCCCUGACUUGUUUCUCACAGCGGUGAAGUUGACCCACGAUAAAACCGGAGCUCAGUACCUCCAUGCAGCGAGAGAUGACUCCAAUAACCUCUUCAGUGUGCAGUUCAGAACGACCCCCAUGGACAGCACGGGGGUGCCACACAUCCUGGAGCACACGGUGCUGUGUGGAUCUGAGAGGUAUCCCUGCAGAGACCCUUUCUUCAAGAUGCUCAACAGGUCCCUGUCCACCUUCAUGAACGCUUUCACAGCCAGCGACUACACCAUGUAUCCAUUCUCAACCCAAAAUGAGAAGGACUUCCAGAAUCUUCUGUCAGUCUAUCUGGACGCAGUUUUCUUCCCUUGUUUACGGGAGCAGGAUUUCCGGCAGGAGGGCUGGAGGCUGGAGAAUGAAAACCCCACAGAUCCCAACACACCUCUGGUGUUUAAAGGAGUGGUGUUCAAUGAAAUGAAGGGGUUUUUUUCGGACAAUGGGCGCAUCUACGCUCAGAACCUCCAGAACAAGCUGUAUCCCGACCACACGUACUCUGUGGUGUCAGGAGGAGAGCCUCUCGCCAUCCCCGACCUUACCUGGCAGCAACUCAGACAAUUCCACGCCACACAUUACCACCCCAGCAACGCUAGAUUCUUCACAUAUGGAGAUUUGCCUUUGGAGCAGCACCUGAAGCAGAUCGAAGAGGAAGCUCUAUCCAAGUUUGAAUGCAUCAACCCGAACACCGAGGUCCCCUCCCAGCCACACUGGAGCAGCCCUAGAGAGGACCAUGUGACCUGCAGCCCUGACACUCUGGCUCCAGAUCCAGCCAGACAGAACACGCUGAGUGUGAGCUACCUGCUGGGAGACAUCACUGACACCUUCGAAGGAUUCACUCUCAGCCUGCUGUCCUCUCUAAUGGUCUCUGGACCGAACUCUCCCUUCUACAAAGCUCUCAUUGAACCCAAGAUUGGAUCUGACUUCCCUUCUGUCGUAGGAUAUGACGGCAGCACCAAACAGGCAUCGUUCAGCAUCGGACUGCAGGGAAUCGCCGAGAAGGACACAGAGAAGGUUAAACAAAUCAUCAACCAAACCAUCGAUGACAUUAUAGAGAGGGGCUUCGAGGAGGAAAGAAUUGAGGCUCUCCUCCAUAAGCUCGAGAUCGAGAUCAAACACCAGACCACUAACUUCGGCCUAGCUCUGGCCUCGUACAUAGCAUCAUCGUGGAACCAUGGCGGCGACCCGGUGGAGCUGCUGCAGAUUAACAGCAGCACUGCUCAGUUCAGACAGGCGCUGAAAGAAAACCCUCGCUUCCUCCAGGACAAAGUCAAGCACUACUUCAAGGAGAACACACACAGACUGACCCUGUCCAUGAGCCCGGACGAGGCCUACAUGGACAAACAGUCCAAGGCUGAGAAGGAGAAACUCCAGAAAAAGAUCCAGGCUCUGUCUGACUGUGACAGAAAAGAGAUUUAUGACAAAGGUCUGGAGCUGCUGAAUGCUCAGAGUAAAACCCAGGAUGCCUCCUGCUUGCCUGCACUCAAAGUGUCCGACAUCAAGCCCACAAUACCCAUCACUCCAGUUCAGAUCGGCACUACAGGAGGUGUUCCAGUUCAGUACUGUGAGCAGCCCACCAACGGCUUGGUUUACUUCAGAGCCAUGUGUAGUCUCAACACCCUGCCAGAGGAUCUCAAGCUCUAUGUCCCGCUCUUCUGCAGUGUUAUCACCAAGAUGGGCUGUGGAGCUCUGGACUACAGGCAACAGGCCCAGCAGAUGGACCUGAGGACAGGGGGCAUGUCUGUCACCCCCCAGGUCAUCACUGACUCCACCCAGCUGGAUAUGUACGAGCAGGGUGUCCUCCUGUCCUCCUCCUGCCUGGAGAGGAACCUCCCUCACAUGUUUCAGCUGUGGAGUGACAUAUUCAACAGCCCCCACUUUGAUGAGGAGGAGCGUCUCAGAGUGCUGGUGAUGAUGUCCGCACAGGAGUUGUCCAAUGGGAUCGCCUUCUCUGGUCACAUGUAUGCUAUGACACGUGCAGGCCGUCACCUGACCCCAGCAGGAGACCUCCAGGAGACUUUUGGUGGGAUGGAACAGGUGAAGUUUAUGAAGAGGAUAGCGGAGAUGUCAGACCUCAGCGGAGUCAUCCGAACACUACCACGGAUCAAAAAACACCUUCUCAACCCUGAGAACAUGAGGUGCGCAGUCAACUCAACUCCACAGAAAAUGUCUGAGACCGCAGCCCAGUUGGAGAGUUUUACAAAGGAUAUCGCUGAAAACAGAAAAGAACGCAAACCUGUCAAAACCAAUAUUAUUGAGAGGCCACUAGACCCCCAGAAUCCCUCUGGACCGAGCAGGAAACUCAUCUCUGAGCUGAACUUCCAUCCAUGUCAGAUGAAAACUUUCUUCCAGAUGCCCUUCCCUAUAAACUUUGUCAGUGAGAGUAUUCGUGCGGUGCCGUUCUCCCACGAGGACUACGCCAGUUUGUACAUCUUGGCGAGGAUGAUGAUGGCAAAAUAUCUUCAUGGAGAGAUCCGGGAGAAGGGAGGAGCCUACGGAGGCGGGGCCAGGAUGGGAGGAGGUCUUUUCUCCUUCUUCUCAUACAGGGACCCGAACUCGGUGCAGACCCUCUCUGCGUUUCGUAAAGGUGUGGACUGGGCGAAGUCGGGACAGUUCACCCAGCAGGACAUCGACGAAGCCAAACUGGCAGUCUUCUCAAAUGUUGACGCACCUGUGGCCCCCUCAGACAAAGGAAUGGGUCAAUUCAUCCAUGGAAUCACCGAUGAGAUGAAACAGAGUCUCCGAGAACGACUCUUCGCCGUCACUCACAAGAGCCUGGUGGAAGUGACCGAAAGAUACCUCUGUGCUGGUCAGAGUACGUGUGGUGCUGCUAUCCUGGGCCCAGAGAACGAGACCAUUAAAAAAGAUCCCUCAUGGAUUGUAAAAUAAUCCCAUCAGUAGGUAUUGUAGAAUUUAAAAAACGGUCAUAUUCCCACAGAAUACCCAAAAGCAACUGUCUUGUCUUCUGAAGUGGUCGCCAAAAAAGCUAACAUGCACUGUUGCCUAUUAGUAUCCGUUAUGUGAUCCUUCAGAUUGACGCUUGUCCUUCCACAUAUUUUAUGUACAUAACGGUAUUUAUAAAAAUGUCAUUAUUACACUAUCAUGUUUAAAUCCCAAA